AUGACAGCGUUCUAUCGCAAACUGGUGGUGGUGAAGAACAAGCUGAGGGUUUGGAACAAGGAGGUUUUUAGGAAUAUUGGCUCCAGGGUCAAGGAACUAGAACAGGAAAUGAGGAUAGCGGAAAUGAAGUAUGACACGGAGCGAAAUGUGACAAUGAAGAUUGCUUAUCAUGAGGCUCGAGCGGCCUAUAUGAAGCAAUUGGCUGUUGAGUGUGGUUUUUGGCGUCAAAAAUCAAGGAUUAAAUGGAUUCAGGAGGGGGAUGCGAACAGGCUUUCUUUCAGGCUGUGGUUCGGCAAAGGCGGGCAGCAAACUACAUCUCUGGUGUCUCUGGGGGAUAAUGCCAAUUUGUUGGCAGUGCCAACAAUGUCGGAGGUGCGCGAAGUGGUCUUCUCGAUAAGCCCAGAUAGUGCCCCUGGACCAGACGGCUUUGGGUCAGGAUUUUACCAGGUUUGUUGGGAGAUCAUCAAGGAUGGUUUGGUGGCUGCUAUUCAGGAUUUUUUUAAAGGGGGCUGGCUCCCCAAAGGUGUAACCAGUACUCUAAUCGUGUUGAUCCCCAAAAUUGAGGGGGCUUCUCGGUGGCAGGAAUUCCGGCCCAUCAGUUUAUGUAAUGUUAGCUCCAAGAUUAUAUCUAAGCUGGUGUCCAACAGGUUGAAUCAGCUCCUCCCUCAACUGAUCUCUCCUUGCCAGUCGGGCUUCGUCCCGGGUCGUCAAAUAAUGGAUAACAUUCUCCUGGCGCAAGAACAUGAAAAGGAGCUGGACCGACGCUUGGAGGUUCCGAAUCUCAUGCUCAAGCUCGAUAUGGAAAAGGCAUAUGAUCGAGUGGAGUGGUCCUUCCUCUUGUUCAUGCUCCGAUCGUUUGGCUUCCAGGAACCUGCAGUAGAUUUGAUCUUCCGGUUGGUGGCCAAUAAUUGGUUCUCAGUAUUAGUCAAUGGGGAGCCAGCUGGUUUCUUCAGGUCAACGAGAGGGGUCAGGCAAGGAGAUCCAAUCUCUCCAGGGCUCUUUAUUCUAGUGGCCGAAUUUUUUGGCAAAGGGCUGCAUUCCUUGUUUCAACAAGAUAGACACAGGUUUUUUCAGGCUGGGGGAAUUACGAUACCAUAUCUGGCAUUCGCGGAUGAUGUCCUCAUUUUUACCAGGCUUGAAAGGGAGACUUUAGAGGUGGUUAGGGAUUUCUUCUCACAAUACCAACGGUACUCAGGACAAAAGAUCAAUGUGGCGAAGAGCGGGUUUGUCUGCUCAUCUGGGGUUUCAGAGACGCAGUUGGAACUGGUGUCUAGCAUUCUGGGCUUUCAGAGGCAGUUCUUGCCGAUGGUAUAUCUUGGUGUCCCCAUUUCCCGUGGUCGUUGUUCAUCUAUGGCCUUUGAUGGGAUCCUUGCAAAAGUGCGGGCACGGAUCUGUCAUUGGAGUGGGAAGCUGUUGUCCAUGGGGGGCAAAUUAAUUCUUAUAAAGCAUGUCUUGAAUUCGAUGCCGAUAUAUCUCUUACAGGUGCUCAAGCCCCCCAAGGCAGUUUUAGUGGCCCUGGGCAGAUUAUUCAAUGCUUUCUUAUGGGAUAAAUCCAGGGAGGAUAAACGUACGCACUGGGCGUCUUGGGAGAAGUUGUGUUUUCCCACAGAGGAAGGGGGGUUAGGGGUUCGGCUGCUGGGUGACAUGGUUAAAGCCUUAUCUUUCAAACUGUGGUGGAGGUUACGCCAAAGGGGGUCCUUAUGGUCGGAUUUUAUGUUCUCUAAGUAUAUUAAGGACCAGCACCCGUUGCAAGUGGAGGUUUCAAGGCCGUCUGGCACAUGGAAGCGUUUGAUUGGCAUAAGGGAGGGGGCGGAGGCGCAGAUUUCAUGGACUCUGGGACCGGGCAUGGUGGAUUUCUGGUUAGACACCUGGUGCGAGCUGGGCCCCUUAAGUGCUUUGGUCCCGGCAGAGCGCGAUAGACCACACUUUUUAGUGGCGGAAUUCCUUGGUAGGGGGGGAUGGAACCGGGGCCGGCUUCUACACUGGCUACCGGCCAAUCUGGUGGAUUGGAUCGUGGAGGUGCCGUUCGACCUUGAGGGUCAGGAUCAGCUCCUGUGGGCAAAGUCGGCGACGGGGCAAUUUUCUGUAACUGCUGCGUGGGAACUGUGCCGGCAACGUCGGGGAGCCUGGCCACUGACUAAAAUGGUUUGGAACAAGGGUGCUCCUGCUGUCUGGAGGAGGCGGAAUCAUUGUCACAUCUUUUCGUCACUGGUCCAGUGGCGAGGGAAGUUUGGGGGCAUUUUGCCAUGUAAAUGUUCGGCAUUACUUCAAGGGCCUCCUGAAGAUAUUCAGCUGCUGUGGAGGAGGUGGGCCACUUCGCUGACUCAUAUCCCUCCGCAUCAUAUUCGGUGUUUGCUGCCAUUAGUGGUUUCAUGGUUCUUAUGGCGGGGCCGUAACAAAGCAAGGUUUGAAGGACGGUCUUUUUCGGCCCGCGGGGUUAUCAUUGAGGUUAGUAACUACUUGCACGACCUGGGAAGAGCAAAUAUGCUGGAUCAGGUACAGUUCCGUGGUGACCAGGAUUGCGAGUGGGCAAGGUUAGCAGUGGGUAAGACACGUAAACGGCGACCUGUGGUGGUAAUAUGGGAGUUUCCCCCGUCGCUGUGUUACAAGCUGAACACGGAUGGGAGUGUGGUCAACGAUAAGGCUAGUGGAGGAGGGGUGUUACGGGAUUCGCGUGGUAGAGUUAUCUUUGCAUUCUAUAAGGAGUUUGGGGAAAAAGGCGUUCUGCAGGCUGAGGCUUUGGCGGUUUUAGAGGGGCUCUUACUCUGUGGGACAAGGGGGUUAUCUGGGAUUCUAGUGGAGGUGGACUCGGCGGUCCUUGUGUCGUUAGUCAAAUCCUCGGCACUGGGGGGUUGGUUGCAUUGCAAUGUCAUAAGGCGGAUUCGUCGUCUGUUGGAUCAGCUUGCGAUGUCGUUUAGGCAUAUAUUCCGAGAGGCAAACGGGGUUGCAGAUGGGUUAGCUGCUCUGCAGGGAUGUCCGAGUACGGUUUUUAAUUCUCCUCAGUUGUUACCGCGGCAGGUUCGGGGACGUAUUGCUAUGGAUGCUGCCCAAGUCCCGGCCUUUAGAUUUGUACUUGAGUAA